ACCUCUGUUCCGCCGCCUGCGAGCCCCGAGCGGCCGCUUCUUGAAACACCCGAGCGAAGCCAAGGCCGGGAUUGGUAGCCAAGCGCAGGAGAUCUGGAUUACACCCGAGCGACGCGGCGCGCAGCCACCGGCCUUAGAGGUGGCUGGGAGGAGAGGGGAGGACCGAGUCGCUCCUUAUCCUCCGGCGGGCGUUCGCUGGCAGUGGGGUGGCCGUUCGGAGCCCUGCCGCAUGCCAUGGAUCACACUCUUUUCGGCUGCCUACGCAGUCCUCACCAUCCCCCUGGCCAGGGCUUGCACCCAUUCUCACAGUCUGCGCUUGCCCUGCACGGCCGCUCCGAUCACAUGUCCUACCCGGAGCUCUCCGCGUCCUCCUCCUCUUGCAUCAUAGCGGGAUACCCCAACGAGGAGGGCAUGUUCGGCAGCCAGCAUCACAGGGGCCACCACCACCACCACCACCACCACCACCAUCACCAGCAGCAGCAGCAGCAGCAGCACCAGCAAUCGCUACAGACAAACUGGCACAUCCCGCAGAUGGCUUCCCCGCCACCGCCUCCACCGCCUCCCCAGUCCGCCUCCUCCAGACACAGCCUGUGCCUUCAGCCCGACUCGGCUGGACCCCCGGAGCUAGCCAGUAGUCCCCCAGGACUGUGCUCGAAUUCAUCAAGUUUGGGGACCGGCACCCCGACAGGAGCAGCGUGCGCUCCGGGAGAUUACGGCAGGCAAGCGCUGUCCCCGGUGGAGACGGAGAAAAGAAUGGGCAAGCGGAAAAGCGACAGCUCAGAUUCUCAAGACGGAAAUUAUAAAUCUGAGGUCAAUAGCAAACCAAGAAAAGAAAGAACAGCUUUCACCAAAGAGCAAAUCAGAGAGUUAGAAGCAGAGUUUGCCCAUCAUAACUACCUCACCAGGCUGCGAAGAUAUGAAAUAGCUGUGAACCUGGAUCUCACUGAAAGACAGGUAAAAGUUUGGUUCCAGAACAGACGGAUGAAAUGGAAACGGGUAAAAGGAGGGCAACAGGGAGCUGCAGCCCGAGAGAAAGAAUUGGUAAACGUGAAAAAAGGCACUCUGCUCCCUUCAGAACUUUCUGGCAUUGGUGCUGCCAGUCUCCAACAUACAGGGGACUCCCUGGCAAAUGACGACAGCCACGACAGUGAUCAUAGCUCUGAGCAUGCUCACUUAUGAUAAGGCAGGAAGGAUUCCUAGCUCUGUUCUCAGGAAAGCCAUGUUUAACACAGCGAGCUUAUGUGGACAUUGAUGUAUGCAAGUGACUGACUUUCUGACAAUCAAAACGAAAGUAACUUAGGAUUUACUAUUUCUGCUACUCUUGAACUAUUAUUAUUAUUUGUGCUUAGAUUCAGUAAGUGCCAUGCCUCCCAUGUGCCUUGUGAGUAGAAGCAGGAGAUACAUUUGCUUUUCAACAUUCCAGAUUCACUUGUCUUUUCAGUGACAAUGGAGCAGAUAUUGUUGUUUUAGCUUGCAUCAAAUGACAUUGCUUUCCACACAGUGUCAACAGAAACACUGUCUCAAGAGGAUAAGAAUUGUAUUUUAACUCUGUAUAUAUCUACUUCUCAGCAUUUUUACUUUUCAAUCAUUAGCAGUGCAUUCAUAUUAGCUGGCCGCAAUAGUCACCCAUGAGAAUAAAUGGCUUUUUUAAAUCUAUUUUUUUUUGUUUUGUGUUUCAGAGUUAUAGAAUACAUGCAGACAUUUGCAUUCACAUAACAAGUAGUAUAAAUGAGUCUACUAGUUGAAACUGUUAUACCACAGACAAAACAAAUUUUAUGUUGCAUUUACUAUCAACUGCUGCUAAUAGGAAAUUAUUAAACCUUGUUCCUCAAAUCUUACUUUCUAACAGCAAAGGUAUUUUUUUGAAAGAAGAAUCAUGCCUGUUAUGAAAAGAAUCUGAAUCAUGAUUUAUAAUUAGAAUUUAUUACGACAAUAAUAUAACAGGCAUAUGAUUCUUAUACCUGGAUAUAAUUCAGAGUAGUACCAGCUACAUCUAAUAAAGCUGCUUCAAAAUGAAUUGUGAACAGUAUUUUCUUACAAAUGGGAAAGUUGUUACCUUCCAUUAUUUUGUGUUAGUAAUCAGGUAUUAAUUUUCCAAUAUUAAGUAUUCAAAUUAAUAAGGCAAAGUUCUCUGUGUAAUGAUCAAGUUUUAUUAAAUAUGUUUGUGCAUAAAACACAAAAAUAAGGAUAUUUUCUCCCCUCUUUUAAGCUUUUGUGUAUAUACAAUGAAAUAGGAACAAUCCACAAUUUUAAACAAAACAUUGAUUGUACUUUGUAAAGGAAAUGUUUAAUAAAUGUUCCUUUUGAAUAAGACUUGUUCUUCUUUAGAUUUUUAUGGACAACUCAAAAUAUUAGAACCAUAAUAUUCUCUAUGGUACUUGUGUUUGCAUUGUACUAAUGGGGUACUUCAUAUUGGAUAAAGCUUUUACCUUGAUACAGUGGGGAAAUUCUUUCCUCUAAUAGGAAAAAGCAAUCCAAAGGAAGCCUUUCGCCAAGAACAACAUGGACUAUGCUAAACUAUUUUCGCAGGUUUCAGACAACUAAGAAAUGGAUAUUUUUCUUUUACUUGCUUUCUGGAAAUGAAAGGAGGGAAAUGACAACUUUAAAAUGUAGUGUAAAUUAACUAAUCAUAUAUUAUGAUCACAAAUAUUUGAAAAGACAUAAGCCACCCAGCAUUUUUAAAGAAAAUAAAUUUUAAUAAAUAAAUAUUAAAUGCAAUUUAACACUAAUAAUAAUGUAAUAUGUCAUCUCAUCAUAAAACUUGCCAGAAAAAUAAUUUGGGAUUCCAACUUUACCUGGGGUUGCACAAUAA